AUGAAGAAUCGGCAAUCGCUCCUCGUGCUCGUAUUUAUCAAGUGUCUCGUACUCCCGUCAGCUCCACGUGUGUCUGCCUACUCGAAGGUCUCGAGGUACGGACAAGCGAGAUCGGGCUCGCAGGACGUGGCCUUCACGCUAGCGCCGAUUUUCGCGGCCGCCCACCAGAGGACUACCGUAGAACUCAGCCCCGGCGAGGUUGUCAACCAUCCAUUCACGCCCAAGUACUCCACCCUGGACGAGCAGCUAGUCUCGCAGCUGGAUGCAGCCUCGACCGGUCGCAAAAAGCCCCAAGAGCGCUUUCAUCCACCAGCGAGUUUCGAGCACGUCCUCUCGCACAUGCGUCAGCAACCCCAGCAUCAGAUCGACCCCUUGAAUCCAGUCUCCUCGUCCAAGGACGUCAUCUACACGAAGCCGAUAGUUACCAUGAGUUACGAUGACUAUCCAGCACCACUGGCACCGGUGGCCACCGUCGUCUCGAAGCCCCCGGUGAUCAAGGACUACUCGUUUCCCUCGUACGCCGCACCGUUCGCAGAGUCGUACGGGCCUAAGCCGAGCAAGCCGAUCGUUUACGAGCUGCCGGAGCAUCCCCCCAAGUCCCUCGAGUAUCCGCCUUACGGCCACCACCAGCAGGACGAGGAAGAUAUCAUCUACGACCACGAGCCGGACGACCACCACCACCACCACCACCAGCCGGUCUACUACCAUUACCUCCACCCGAAGCCUAGGACUACGACGAUGGAGCCCGAGCCGAUGGACCAGCGGCUGAACAAGCGGCCCACCUACUCGUACUACUACAUCGGUAAGAAGCUUUGGUACGUGCCGCUGUACUUUAGCAUCUACUUCAUCAUCUACAUCGGUGCCCUGGUGCUGAAGAGCAUAGCCAGGCACAAGAUCAACUUUCCGGGACCGCCAAUGGAGAUGAGCAUGAACCAGAGCAGGAGCGAUCAUUCCGGUCCCGGGUGGUUGGACUACGCGACCGAGGCCCUCGAGGCCAUCGAGAGCUACUCGCUCGCCAACCACUGACCACUUUAUCGAAUUUUCACAAACCCCACGUACAUUAUAUUCACAUAUAUAUGUUGUAUUGUUGUUGCGAGUCUGUA